CCAGUGCGCGCCGUGCGCUCCAGGCUCCGCGCCGGCACACGCUUGGCGGCCGCGGUGGCAACAAGAGCGGCGGCGAGGACGGGCGGGCGCCAGGAAUGCGGAACCCGCGAGCAGGCUGAGGCGGCCCGGGAUGGCGCAGGGGCGGCGGAGGCAGGAGGCCCGCGUGGGGACCUAGCGCGGCGGAGCGCACGCCCAGCCGGGCCCCACGGCGCCGGCGGCCUCGCGGCAAUGGCCACGGAGCGGCAGAGGGCCGUCCUGGAGCUGCUGCAGCGGCCCGGGAACGCGCACUGCGCGGACUGCGGCGCCCCGGGUCCUGAUUGGGCCUCCUACACCCUGGGUGUGUUCAUCUGCCUCAGCUGCUCUGGCAUCCACCGCAACAUCCCCCAGAUCAGCAAGGUCAAGUCCGUCCGCCUGGACACCUGGGAGGAGGCCCAAGUGGAGUUCAUGGCCGCCCACGGGAACGACGCUGCCAGGGCCAUGUAUGAGUCCCAGGUGCCAUCCUUCUACUACCGGCCCACGCCCUCUGACUGUCACCUCCUGCGGGAGCAGUGGAUCCGGGCCAAGUACGAGCGCCAGGAGUUCACCGAUCCGGAGCGGCAGGAGCCCUACUCUGCAGGAUACCGAGAGGGUUUUCUCUGGAAGCGUGGCCGGGACAACGGGCAGUUUCUGAGCCGGAAGUUUGUGCUAACUGAACGAGAGGGAGCCCUGAAGUAUUUCAACAGAAAUGACGCCAAGGAGCCCAAGGCCAUCAUGAAGGUGGAGCACCUGAACGCCACCUUCCAGCCUGCCAAGAUCGGCCACCCGCACGGGCUGCAGGUCACCUACCUGAAGGACAACAGCACCCGCAACAUCUUCGUCUACCACGAGGAUGGGAAGGAGACGGUGGACUGGUUCAACGCUCUGCGCGCCGCCCGCUUCCACUACCUGCAGGUGGCCUUCCCUGGGGCCAGCGACGCUGAUCUGGUGCCAAAGCUGACCCGCAACUACCUGAAGGAAGGCUACAUGGAGAAAACGGGGCCCAAGCAGACAGAAGGCUUCCGGAGGCGCUGGUUCACCAUGGAUGAUCGCAGGCUCAUGUACUUCAAGGACCCCUUGGAUGCCUUCGCCCGGGGAGAGGUCUUCAUCGGCAGCAGGGAGAGUGGCUACACGGUGCUGGACAGGCUCCCCCCGUCCACCCAGGGCCACCACUGGCCUCAUGGCAUUACCAUCGUCACACCGGAGCGCAGGUUCCUGCUGGCCUGUGAGACGGAGGCAGAGCAGCAGGCGUGGGUGGAGGCCUUCCGGAAGGUGGUGGACAGGCCCAUGCUGCCCCAGGAGUACGCAGUGGAAGCCCACUUCAAGCACAAGCCCUAGCGAGGAUGGUCCCGGAGGCCUGAGGAACGUGGACUCGGCAAUGGGGCCGGGUGGUGGGGCCUUCGGACCAAGGAAGCCAGCCACCAGCGCCCGGGCAGCCUGGACGUGGCGGGGACCUGAGCCACCAGGACCCACCCCUGCAGCCGUGCUGUGCGCCGCCCGGCCACAGAAGACUCCCACUGCCCCAACCCCCGGCGCCCCCUGGGGGCCCCACGGCCCCUCGCUGACUCACUCUGCCACCCCCCGUCGUGGCGCCCCCCGGACCAGGGGGCUGGACUGGGGACUACAGGCGGUCUGCAUGCCUACCCUCGAGUACCCCCCCAAUAAGUAUUUAUUGAGCAUCUGCUGGGUAUCAGUCUCUCGGUCCUGGGGGUUGGAGGGAAGGGCACAAAUCUCAACCUCAAGCUGACCCGGAGGGCACGUGGGUCCUGAGGGUCAGAGGCCUCCAGGUGGCCUACACCCGGCCCCCUCCCUGGGGUGCCUCAGUGCUGCCCAGGCGCCGCCACCCCUUCCCAGGCCUGACCUUGCUGUCUUCCAACCCUCAAAAGAUGGAGGCCUAAGGCCAGCUCCCCCCAGUGGCCCAGCAUGCUGCCGUCCCCUCAACAGUUACAGCCACCGACUGGCUCCACCGAGUGGGGCGGGGGGGUCUGUGGGACGGUGUUUGGGAGGAGGGGGUGGCGCAGGGCCUGUUCCCCAGGAGGCCAUGGUGCUUGGUUGAGGAGAUGGGGUACCUCCCCAAGACCUGCCCAGUGGGGGCGGCUGGUUUGCCCCUUUCCUCUGAAUCAAGGUCUGCUGCUGCCCCGCCCCCACUGCCACCCACCCUCACUGACCGAGGGGAGACUUGGGUCAGAGGGCAACCCCGAGGGGCCCCAUGUGCAGGCCAGCAGCCCCCUGGCCCUCCUGGGCUGGCGGCCUCGCCCUUUCCCCGCACCCGGAAGUGGGGCACCUGCUCCACAAGUGCAGGCGUUGUGAGCUCUGCCCUGUGUGUCCAGCCGGGAAACUGACCCCCCCAGUGUGUUAACAAGAAACACAAGGAGGGCGUCAGGACUGGCCAGGCGAACUCCUCAGAACCAGAGAUGAGGCUGGCCGCAGGGCUGGCCAUCCUGCUGGCCACAGGCCCCUGUGUGGACAGAGCCACUCCCGUCUUAAUCUGCAGGCUGGCAGGACCUUACAGGGACACCAAGUUCCCAGCAAAGGACUGCGCCUUCCCUGACUUGCAGGGCGGCUGCUGGCCCUGCUGCCCAGUGGCCCAGCCAAUGGGCUCUGACUAGUGUGCAGUUCCAAGGCCAAGGCAGGAGGAGGCAUUGCACUGACCACACGUGUGCUGCCCGGCUGGCCUGCGAGUCUGCCUGGACUGUGUCCUGGGCACAACUGCACAUAAAACUUGCAUCCCGUCCCUGAGUGUGGCCACUCUGUCCGGUGCAACUCAUGGUUUCAGACCCCACUCCACCCUCCCCAGAGAACCCCAGCAGGUGGCCGGGGGGUCCCCAGCUGCAGGGUGCUCCCUGGGGCCCACCCGCAGCAGCUGUGCACCCUGCCUGACCUGUCCACAGACUCGGUUUCUCCAAACAAAAACCCAGGGGGACUCCCCUGUGCUGCCGUCCGCGCCCCCUGCCCUGGCCCCG